AUGAAUAACAAUUCGGUUGUGUUGAGUGUCCUCGACGCCAUUAUUGCAGCUGCUUCACUCACAUUGCGAUACUCUUCUAUUCUCUUUGUCCGGUUUCACCCAAUUGGAAAGAAACAUCUUCAUAAUAUCUAUGGAAGUUUUGUCACAUUUCUACUUGCAUUCUCAGUCCAAUUCCUUUUCGCCAAACAUAAAAACCUUCGACUCAAAAGACGGCUAAAUUUAGCUUCAUUGUUGGGUUUCAUUGAUAGUAGCAGACCAUUCUCAACGUUGGCUGGUUUCUUAAUUAACUUACUCUGCCUCGGCGCUGUUCUGGACUUUUUGUUCCGUGGCUAUCUUCUUCAUCAGCACGCCGACUUGUCCUUCUCUCGAGUUGGCUAUGUGGAUUCGUCGACUGCUCGAAUUGUGGUGCGAGCACCAGUCUCGGACUAUAUUGAGAUUAAGAUCACUGGCGGAGAGGUAGAUGUCAACAAUCCCAAACCUGUCUUGCUAGAGAAACGGCUUGAUUUUACCAAAACGUUCUUGGUAGAAGGGUUGGAAGCAGAUACAUCAUACAAUUAUUCCACUAACGCUAGUCAUGUCGGCUCAUUUCGAACCUUGGCCCAUCCUGGCAGUGGUCCAAAGCGCUGGAGUCUUGUCUCUUCAAGCUGCAUCAAGCCAUUCUACCCCUACAACCCAGUCGAUCACGGUCUACGUAUCAAAGGACUCGAGCAUUUGAGCAAUUAUGUUUCUGAACACCCCGUUGAGAUGGUACUUUUCCUCGGUGACUUUAUUUACAUCGACCUUCCCAUUCCUCUUGGCUGGGACGUGGAUGCUUAUACGACUGCAUACCGUCAAGUUUACGCGUCACCCUCGUGGUCGCCUCAACUUCGCUCUUUGCCCUGGCUGCACGUGUAUGAUGAUCAUGAAAUCAUCAACGACUGGGCUGCGAACGAAACAGGUCUUUAUGACACAGCAAUGCAGCCAUUCUGGAACUAUCACAGGUACGCCAACCCACCAUCAGAGUUCGGGGCCAGAAAAACCUACUACACCUUUCGUCAUGGAGGUGUAGCGUUCUUCGUCCUGGAUACCAGACGGUAUCGGUCCAAUAACGCUAUGGCAGACGGACCUGAAAAGACCAUGCUUGGAGCGGAGCAACGAGCAGCUUUGACAAAGUGGCUCCAAACGGAAUCUGACUGGAAAGUGGUUGUCAGUAGCGUGCCGUUUACUAGGAACUGGAGGGGCCCUGAUUCAGCUGAUAGCUGGUCUGGGUUCCUUUGGGAGCGGGACAUUAUUCUUGACACCAUGAAGCAGAACGGUGGAGCUGUCAUUCUCAGUGGCGAUCGUCAUGAGCACGCUACUACAAAGUUCCCUCCUAAAACCUCAGGAGACAAACCAGUUAUUGAGUUCUCCACUUCGCCACUGAACCAAUUCUACGAGCCGUUUGACCGAUUCCAUAAGGAGAUCGAGGACACAGAUAUCUCUCUUUAUUCGUAUCCAUGGGGAACGUCAAAGUUUGGUAGAGUUACAUUCGACACGUCGGAUGAAGGCAGAUUUAAAGUUUAUUAUGAACUCGUUGUAGAUGGAGUAAAGGUUUGGGAGUUAGAAUGGGAGUUGGAAUCAGAUCAAGCAAAUAAGUUAAGCUAA